AACGACGAUAAACGACGCAAAUCCGUAACUUGCAAGCACUCGCCAAAAACGCGAAGUUGUAACGGCCGAUGGCCAGUGGCACGAGUUGACGACAAAAAAUCCCGCAGGGCAUAGAAUUGUGAAAGUCGUUCCCAGUGUGUUUCCCUUAGAUUUUAUUUUCAAUUAUUUUCGCAGAUAAAAAAAAGUGCAAAAAUCUAUCUCCAUUAAUUUUGUCAGAAUCCCCAUUAUCAGCAAUCAUCGAUUUUACGGCGUUUUGCCUUCGCCAUAGCACUGUUUUCUCAAUCAUAAUUUGCUAAUAAAAUCACUCCCGGACAUAUUGUUGAAGUGUACAAGUGUCGAGUGGAAUUAAUGAACCCGUCAAAUGCAACAUCGACCAAUAAAAACGUUCAAGUGCUCCUUGACUGAUUAUAAUUAAGACAUGCGUGAGGUAUUGAGUGUCUUCUGUGGAGAAAAAUCAUAAAUAUUUUCAUCUGUAAAGCACGAUAAUAGAAAAUUUUCCCAGCAGUGAAUAUUAUCAGCUGUUGGUGGUGGUACUGUCAAGAAAUGUGGCACAAAAUUUUUAGAAACAACUACUAGUACUAUCGAUUUAAACGUCCGAUUGGUUAAGCCAGUAGUCCAUGCAAGUAUGGCUGCCCUGCCGUCACCGACGCAGGUGGCUGGAAGCCAUGUCGCCAUUUAUGAAGCAUAUUACCAUCAGGUGGAUCCGAAUAACUGUGGGAGGAUUGCAGCCAUGGAUGCGGCUCGGUUUCUCAAGAAAUCCCAGCUGAGUGAUACCAUCCUCAGUGACAUCUGGGACAUGGCGGAUCCCCAGUCCCGUGGCUUUCUCGACAAAUCUGGCAUGUUCGUUGCUCUUAAAUUAUGUGCCUUUGCUCAGGCUGGACAUGAGCUAAAUAUCACCAAUCUAAACGUCGAUGUACCACCACCGAAAAUGGGUGAAAUACCAGUGAUACCGAAAAAGAGUCCAGCUAUACCACCUCCACCAGUAAUAAGUUCAAUUACCAAUGGCGAUUGGGCGAUAAAGCCCGCUGAGAGGAUCAAAUACGAUCGUUUGUUCGAUAGUCUUCAGCCAGCUAAUGGUUACAUACCUGGAAAUAAAGUUAAGGGAGUACUUAUGGAUAGUAAACUGCCCUUUGAUACACUAGCAAAAAUCUGGAAUCUCGCUGAUAUGGAUAAGGACGGAAUGUUGGAUAGACAUGAGUUUGUUGUGGCAAUGCAUCUGGUGUACAAGGCACUGGAGAAAUACGCAAUCCCAAGUGUCUUACCACCAGAACUGAUGCCUCCUGGCAAGAGAAAAGACACUCUCGUUAUGAAUUCAACAUCGCCAAUACCACCGGCCAUUCCACCUUUACCAGUAGCUGCUGCUGUUAAUAAUUUAGUUGGCUUGGAAACUAUCCAGCCGAUGGCACCGCAGCAACCACCCCAGCCGCAAAUGCAGUGGGUAGUCACACUAGAAGACCAAGCAGCAGCUGAUAAACUCUUCCUCCAAGCUGAUAUGGAUAUGGAUGGUUUCGUAUCUGGUGGUGAAAUCAAGGACGUCUUUCUACAGAGCGGACUGCCCCAGAAAAUUCUAGCCCACAUUUGGGGUCUCUGUGACAUCUGCGAGAGUGGUAAACUCAAUAAGGAACAGUUCGCUCUUGCUAUGUGGCUCAUAAAACAAACACUUCGGGGUACUCAUCCACCCCAGGCACUCACCCCUGAAAUGAUGCCACCUUCUCUCCGGAAAGCCAAGGAUGCAGGUGUAGUGGAGAAUAAUAAUAUCUCGGGCUACUCCAAUCCCGAACUAGACAUGAUCAACAAGGACAUUGCGGAAUUAGCGAGAGAACGUAGAACAAUGGAGCAGGACGUUGCACAGAAGGAAGCAGACAUUAAAAUUAAAAAUGGUGAAAUUAAAAGCCUUCAAAGUGAAUUGGACACACUGGCUGCUACCCUGAAGCAGUUGGAGAAUCAGAGGGGAGAAGCCCAGAAGCGAUUAAACGAUUUGAAAGCGCAGCGCGCUGAUGUAGAAAAAGAAUUGAGUCAAGUCGAGCAGGAAAUGCGUGAGGAGCAGGAAAAGAUAUUGAAUGACGACUGUGGCUUCGGUAUUAACGAGAGCAUUCCGUGCAAGGUGGACAAACUCCGUCAACAAGCAGAAGAACAAGAAUCAGUUCUUCGCACCCAGGAAGAGGAAUUGAAUUCGAAGAGACAGGAACUGGAGGGGUUGCGCCAAGAGGAGCAACAGCUUGAGACACAGCAAAACAAAAACAGAGAUCAAUUGAAUGAGUUGUCGAAAAAUCUUCAGAACACUCAGCUACAGAUCAGUCAGGCAAAACUGAAGAUCACGCACCUGGAGGAGCAACAGAAGCAGAUGAAUGAUGCAAUUGCCAUGUACGAUUCAGCAUUAGCUGUUGGUGACCCUUCGCUGGUGUCAGAUGCAAUUCUCCAAUUGCAUCCGGAUAUUGAUGUUGUGGAGCAGAUUGAGAGUGAGAUGUCAGCGAAGGUCAAUGGAAUCAAUGAGACAGGAGAGGAUGGUUUCGCUGAGAUCAAUGGAGCUAGUGAUGGAUUUGGUCAAGAAGAUCCUUUCGCUUCUUCGAAGGCUGCUGACGCCUUUGCCAAUUCCGCGGGUGAUCCUUUUGCUAAUUUUGAUGGGAGAACCAGUGCUUCGAGUGGAUUUACCAGCGAUCCCUUCGCUGCCAAGCAGGAGGCUUAUGAUCCCUUUGGGGAUGGCAGGAGGAAUGAUAAAGUUGCAGGGGAAAGUAUACAGACGAAAGAUCCCUUUGGUGACGAUCCAUUCGCCAAUCUCCACGCCCCAACGCGUGCGGAGAGCCCGAGUCCAGCUCUUCCACCAAAGAAGGCGAAACAACCACCCCCAAGGCCUGCCCCACCUCGUCCAGCAGCUGGGCCAAAUUUAAGAGCAGCACCGGCUCCACCGACCCCAUCACCAACCCCCGACCCUUUCAGUAACACGAAUUCCGAUCCUUUCGCAGCACAAAAUGAUAACAACAAUGGAAACACUGGGUUUGGCUCCGCCAUGACUGGAUUCGCAGAUUUUGCGAAUUUCGACUCAAAGCCGGAAGUGGCCUCUCGACCUUCGAAUGCAGUUUCCCCACCCCAAAAGCUGCCAGACUUCACUGAGGAUCCAUUCAGAAACUAUCGUUACGAGGAUGUUUUCGAGAUAGAUGAUCCAUUCAAUGACGAGAUAAAUGCGAACGAAUCAAAGACAAAGGACAAAAAAGCAGAUGUUAAAUUCGAUCCUUUUGGUCUUGAGAUGACAAACGAUGGGAAAAAGCAGCCCUUCACGAGAGACUUUGAGUCUGAUUUCUCGAAGACAUUUCCUCAGCCUUUUGUCAAAUCCAAAAAUGACAAGUUCAGUUUUACACCUGAGAAAAAUAGUAAUAUCAGUAAUAAUAACUCGACAUCACCAAAACCAGUAAAUAAACCGAUCAAUUUUGAUGAAGCGUUCUCAUCGAUCAAGAGAGAACGAACAAAGAGGUCAGAUAAUGUAAGCAUUGCACAGGCAUUUAAGGACAAAUUGGGCCUGGGCCACAAUAACUUACAGAAGAGCAAGAGCAAUAAUAAUGGCAAAGUGUGGAGUGAAGAGGCUGCCUCAAUGAUCACUGGGAAUUUGACUGAGCAUCAGCAAUUGGCGUGGGCUGCGCAGCAGAGUUUGAGAGCGGAGGAGGAGAGAAAGAGGAUCAAGGAGCAGGAGGAGGCUGAUCUUGCUCUGGCAUUGAAACUCAGCAGGGAGGAGAAGUCAAGUAGUAAGUUCUAGGGAAAUGGUAGGCAUGUGGGUGAGACGAGAUUCAUUUGGAUUUACUUUUUGCGAGAUAUUUCGGAAGCUAUUCAGCAUGGCAAAUCUGUUAUUUAGAUAUACAUUAUAAAUGCAGAUAUCCUUUGCAAAAAAUGUUUCAACGGAAAAUUUACUAUUCACAAUCGAUUUUUCAGUGUUUGGGAAAAAUUUCAAACCUGAAAUCAAACCGCUGUUUGAUUUCAAUCUCGGAAUUUAUCUCGUCCAUAAGGAAAUGGGUUAUAAUAAAAAUUAUUUAAAUAAUCGACCGAAACUCGUGAAUCUGUAGUUGAUCUGUGGAUAAUUUUCGAAACCUAUUUAUAAAAGUCUAUUAUUAAUAAUUAUUUAUUGAAAUUCCACCAGCUCGUCUCACCACUCUUUUACUAAAAUGUUGAUAAAAAAAAGUUCUAGGUUCUCAUUUUUGAAAUGAUAAAUACUUUCUCGGAAAUCUGCAUAAUAUUCUUGGCUAUUGGUUUUCAUCUUGUCGAUUUAAUCGUCAACGAGUGAAGUAUUAACAGUAAAAAGUUAAGUAGACUAACCCCUGAAAUGUCUUGUUUAUCCGCCAGGAGGCAAUUUAUUCUGUAAUUCUGGAAUUUAAUGCUAUCGCCUUUCCAAAAUGAUAAGAAAUCAUGAACAAUUUAUGACGAAACGAUACAAUAACUAUAAAUAUGUAAACAAAGAUAUAAAGCACAGAAUAUAAGCAUUAUAUAAUUGAAUUUAACAAAGAUGAUUCUAAGAAUAAUGGUGAACAAUUUAUGAUGAACCAAGAUCACUAGACGACGGAUAGAACGAGAAAUUUCAAUUUUUCCAAAUUGAAAUUCAAAGGAUGAGGUAAAACGAUUCUUUCUUCAUUGUCAGCAGUGAAACAUAAAUCCCGCUUUAUUUUGAAGGAUAAACAAAUACCUUGGGAAUAGACCGUGAUUUUUGGAUUUUCAAUCUACCGAUGUCAAGAUAUUGGGGACUGAAGGGGAAUAUUUUUCUUCACAUGCGGUCUUGUUUUAUCAUUGAGCUAGUGGAACAACGUUAUGUUGGAUCUAUUGACAAUUUACGCGUAAUAAAUUCAUAUCAGAAAUAAUAUUAAGCGCGUAAUAAGCACCAUAAUCCCCCGUGCAGUUUAACAAGGAUGAUUAACGAAGUGAUUUUCACGAAUUUGUUCAUUUUGUUUUUUGUUAGAAUAAGUCUGAUAAAGGAUUAACGGGUCAUUGUUCAGUUUGAUGUAAUUCUCUCAAUAGAAUUUUGGUUUUCUCAUUGUGAGAGCCUUUUCUCAUGGUACUCGGUACGUUCCAAAGACAUAUAGUGUUCAGAGGUAUUGAAGCAAAACGAUAAUGCUCGGUCUGAGGAGAAAAAAUUAUCGAAAAACUUGAAAAAACUAUUGUUUCCAAAGAACCAUUCCCCAAAGUCGACGAAAUUAUUGCGUUUGAGGAAAAAUGCCGUAGAACAUUUUCAUAGCUAUUAAUGCUCGACAAAAAUGUUUGUGAAAUUUCGAGAACUAGACGAAAAAAUUCUUACCAUAUUGUUCGAUAAUAACUCCAUUAUUUUCAGUGAUAUUCACGAAUGAAGUAUUGAAAAACAUAUUUACCAUCGAAUAAUUUUUUCCCCAAAACCAAACAUGUCUACCGUCAUCUUCGAUAAUUAUUAAGCAUCUAUAAGACAAUUAUCUGUUAAGUACCUCCACUUACUUCAUUACCCUUCGUAAUCUACUUUAAGUUCUCCUUUAUCCUCAAGCGUCAGUCACGACCCUUCACUGUUCCCAAUCACUUACUAUUUAAUUUGUUUUCCAUUCUAGUUAAUUAGAUACGUUAACGAGUCUUUAUUACGUAUUACACAGCUGUAUCUUGACCAUGUCAUUGUUUUGUACAUAAUCGCUGUUUCCACCAAGACUCCUGAGAUUAUUUAGAUUAUUAAAUGCUGAGAAUGAAAAGUUUCAUCUCUUUAUUCAUUCAAUCACCCAAUUAUUGUUAUUUAAUUUAAAUUACCUAGUCAAUAAUGUAUUAUUGAUAUGAUUUUAAGAGGAGUGGAAUCGAGCUAAGGACGAAGGUAAUAUUAACAAACAAUUGUUAACAAUCUUUAUUAUCGCUCAACUUUAUUGAAAAGAAAAUACCUAAAGAUGCAAGAGAAUGCUAAUUGUUCACUAUUGUUACCUUUCACUUUCCCAUGCUUGAGGAAGAUGCUUUUGAAGCUUUCUUUAUGAAAAGUGUGACGAAAUUUCGUGACACAGUGAGUUUAAUUGACGUAAGUGAUGGAACGAGAUAAUUCGAGAGGAAAUAAUGAAUAAAAAAAUCAUAGCCUAAAUCAUCAGACGAUUAAACAAGUUCACAGCCAUUAAUUUGCGAAUAUCUCCAUAAAUAAUGGAUUCACCCAGAAACCACCCACGACACAAAAAACGGAGGAUUGGUAGGGCUACGAAAAACAACUUGUGACUUUUUUCAAUAAGUCUAUUGUUCAUCUAGGUGUGCAAAAAUUAAUUUACGAACAUCUGGAUUGUCUCGUUCAACCACUCAUCUAAGUAAAUCAUUACAAAUAUCUGAUGCAAACAAAGACUUUUAAUUUCUGAUUACAAACACAAGAGGAUAAAAAAAAACUAGACAAUAGAGCUCCUUGAAGAUAAUUAUGGAAGUGUUUAAAUAUGAAUUAAGUAAGAAAAUAUUGUAUUAUGUAAAGUUACGUGAGUGUACGUCUGAGAGAUUAAUAAAUAAUAAACGAAAAAAUAUAAAUAUGCUAUGAAAUAAAAGCGCUAUUCACCAUAUAAUAGAAUAGUUGAUGAAUAAAAAUAAUUAAUAACGAAUACGUGUGUCCAAAAAAAAAUAAUAAAUGAGAGUUAUGAUGAGUAGGAAUUAAAGAGCUCUUAUACACCAUGAAAAAUGUGUAAUGUUAAUUAGUCUAAAUCAACGAGUAUUUCAUACGUGUUUACGACUGAUGACUGAUGGCAUUAAAGAGACAAAAAGAGGAUUAAUAUAAAUUUCUAAUGAAUUGAGAAAAUUUAUGAGAACAAAUGGUGAAUAAAUCAUUGAAAUGAAGCAUUCAUUAUGUGAAUUUUGAGGUGUGCAUUGUUGUUAUGUUAGUAGUUGUCAUCUUUCGAUCAUUCAUUAAUGCCAUAAUUCAGCGUUUCAUAUUAAUGAUAAUGUCACGUAUCAAGAUGACCAUAGAAGUGUAAUGAAAAAUAAAAUGAUUAUUGAUUGAAGUAAAUAAAAUGAAUAUGGAAAUUCAA